UUCAAUCAUUUCUCGUAAACUCGGUCAAACGUAUCGGAUUUAAAAUGUUAACAAGAAUUCGAUUCAAACGGGAUUUUAGAGUUAUUGUGCGAUGUUUGUCCGACAAACCUUCCGACGGCGAUGGAAAAAAACCUGAGCAACAACCAAGUCCUGCAGCAAAAAAAGAGAAACAAUCCGAUUCCAGCACAGACAAAAUCCAAGCUCUGUUGAAAAGUAUGAUGGCUGAGCCCUUAUCCAAGGAAGCAGAGUACAGAGCUAACUUUGCUUCGGCCCCAGACGUGAGGCGACAGCGGAAAAAUGAUGAAAUUGAGGUUAAAGUAGAGAAAAUAGAGGAGAGCAUUACUAAGGCAGCGGGCGAUGUUGCACAAGCCAUUGGUGGAGACGUGAAGCAAACUGAAGCAGAAUUACUGUCAAAAGUUUUGGGAAAAAUUAAUCAAACAUCUACCAGUCUUAGUGACUUAUUGAUUGGCAUGAAGGUAGACCACUCUAAAGGCGGAGAUGACAGAGCCUCCGUCCCGAGAGAGACCCGAGGAGAGCAAGUGAAGCGGCUUGUCAGGGCUAACGAAGGCCAAAGGCAGAGCACACAACAAAGCAGACCCAAGCAGGAUGUGAAAACUGUUAGGCCACCAACUAGGGAAAGGCUGAGCUUACCCCAGCCAACCACCAUCAACAUAUUCAGUGGCGAGCCCCUAAACAUCUUCAAAGCUAAAGAAGACAACUACGGCACCAAACUGCAAGUGUGGGAGGACCUUAAACAGCGCGAGGUCUCGUUGGCCACGUCGCAGCAACCGGCCAAUUACUUCCAGAAGAUGGCGUUGUGGACGGAACAGGGGAAAGUUUGGAAGUUCCCUAUCAAUAAUGAACAAGGAUUAGAAAAAGAAGCAGACGUGCACUUCUCCGAGCACAUAUUCCUCGACGCGCACCUCGAAGGCUGGUGUCCCCCCAAGGGGCCCAUUAGACACUUCAUGGAACUCGUCUGUGUCGGCCUUUCGAAAAACCCCUUCUACACGGCCCAAGAAAAGAAGGACCAUAUCAUGUGGUAUAAGGAGUAUUUUGAGUCGAAGAAGGAUGUGCUUGUUGAUGUCGGGGCGUGGAAUGUUGGGAAGUCGAAGGAGGUUUCAGCGUAGUUUAUUGUAAAUAGUUAAUAAAAUUAGUUGAUGUUA